AUGACCAGGAUUCUUUCAUCCCGUCUGGCCUAUGACGAUUUUGAAGUGUACCAAUCAAAAAAAAGUGUAAAAUUAUUUGUGGGUAUAAAGUCUAGAAAACGCUCUAUUUUGAACGAUCCAACUGCGCCGUUGUACUCAAAAACUCAAAUGGUUGGAUCCGCAGUAUUUGGAGCCGCCCUGGGUACUGGUACUGCUCUCCUGAUUGCCAUGACUAUAGUAGUGUAUAAGUACUACAACAGAAAGAGAAAAUCUGAAGAAUGGCACUCUUUAGACCGAAUGCCUUUUCCAUCAAAUGUAGAAAAGUCCAGCAAACCUUUCUACCCGUUGCCAAAAACGGAGUUCAACGUAGAAAAAGAACAUCUGAAUAUCCAGCCUCCACAGAAUGUUUCCGCCCAAGCUUUAACGGCUGAAAUUCUUAAAACACCUUUAGACGUAUGUUCGGCAGCUGUGGCUCCUCCGGCUCUCCAGCAUCAAUCCAAAUCAUACCCCGGUGGACAGCCUCUUCUUUGCAGGACUCCUAGUGUAUCGAGCCAGAGUAGCCUGGAUAGUACAGCAUCGAAGCAAUUAGGCGGAUCGACAAGUUCCUGCAACUCUCCAGUACCGGCCUCACCAAGAACAGGCCUAGGAAGGUGUCUCUCGCCUCUAUUCAUACACAGAACCGUGGUUCCUGAAGCGUCGUCCACAACUGCUCCUCCAGCUAGUCCUUUGGGUGCUAUUCAGCCAGACUUGUACUUGCGGAAAGACGGCCCUCUGUUCAUUGGCAGUUCGAACAAAUCCAAUACCAGCAUGGGAAGAUUACAUUUCAGACUGUCUUACGAUUUCGACAGGAGUGACCUAGUUAUACAUCUUAUCGAAGCUCACGACUUGGCCGGAAGCGAUCAGGGCGGCUUCAACGAUCCUUACGUCCGUUUAGCGAUACAGCCGGAAGUGGAUUCCAGAAAACGUCAAACCAAUAUCUGCCGAAACGAUCCGAAUCCAUUAUUCGAUCAACAUUUCAAGUUUCCCGUUUCUCAUGAAGAACUUCAGUCAAAAACCUUGAUUCUUCAGGUAUUCGACUAUGACAGGUAUUCUCGGAAUGAUGUCAUUGGGGAAGUUACAAUGAACAUGGCCGAAUUUGAUAUUGCUAACAGCGUGGAAAUCUGGGGAGAGAUAACCAAGAAUAAGAAACCUAGAGAAGAAAUCCAGGAGGUGCUUGUGUCUUUGAGUUACUUGCCAUCUGCAGAGAGAUUAACAGUGGUGCUGCUCAAAGCGAGGAAUCUAUUUCUGCCUCAAUGUAAAGGAAAUUUGGAUCUGCAACCAUUUGUAAAAGUGUAUCUUCUUGUGAAUGGUAAAAGGGUGAAAAAGAAGAAAACUGCUACUAGAAAGGGUAGUCGCAAUCCCGUUUGGAAUGAAGCAUUAACAUUCACUUUAUCUGCCCAUAACAUAGCCAAUGCUGCAUUAGAGAUUUCUGUAUUCGAUCAAGGAAAUGAUUUAAUAGUGAACAAUACCCUUAUAGGAGCGUGUGUAAUAGGGCCCAAAGAAAGUGGCCCUGAGAAAGAUCACUGGAUUGACAUGUCACAAAGUCCAAGAAAAUCUAUCGCAUGUUGGCAUACAAUAAGGUAAACUUUUUCAAAAAAAUAUGCUCAAAUGAAAACCGUUGUUUUGAAUUAUAUUCCCAAAAUGCAAAGGAAUACAUAUAUUUUUUGUAAAUAUACCUUGAUGGAGAUGAAUAACUGAAUAAUUAUUAAAAAUUAUUUCAAUUCAGUAACAAUCAUAAGAAGUAUUCACCAGAGAUCAUUUUUCAAUGUCUAAGAAUUCUUUAUUCUAGCCAUAAGUCACAAUAAUCAUGAUUUCCACUUGUUAGCACUGAACUGAUGAAAACAAUAUUUUCCUGGAAAUCAUUCAAAUUUUUCAGCUCUCAGGGUUGGUUUAUUUGUUUGCACAUACUCAGAGUACUUAUUAGGUGGGGAUAAACCACACUUUCUAACACUAAUACUUCCUAACUUCUCCACGCUCCUUGCUCCCAUAGAUGGUGUCUUCGUAAGAGGAGAUGUCAUUGCUCAAAGUUUACUUGGGCUUGUUAUUCAAAGGCAGUUGAGUUGAGUCCAGCAGUGGUUCAGCCUAGCACCACUGAUGAGAUCUAUGGCGGAUCGAAAUAGCGAUGUCUUGUGUUGGACCAUGUAUGCGUUGUGUUUUGACUCUGAUUUUCAUUCAGAUCUGUUGGUUAUGAAAACAUUUAUUGGGAAAUAUGUUUUCACAUUUUAAGAGUAAGGCAAAAAUCAUUUUUAGAGGUAUCUAGUUGAAUCAUACUUCAACUAUUUGACUAAUGUCUAUGGAAAUCUUUCAUCAAUAUUAUUUAUAAAAUGACCAGAACUAUCUAUCGAUUCACCUACCAUGAUAUAUAUUUAGGGAAAAUAUAUGUAUUUUGGUCACCCUGUUUUUUGAUGUGAAAGAAAAUUAAAAUUUCACCCUUUCUCCUUUUCCAUGAGGUUGAAUGUUGUAUUCAAAAAUACCAGUGAAAUAUUCAGAAGUUUUUAAAUUGUCAUAAUUUUUAUCUCGUACUGAUCUUUUCGUCCUCAUGCAAAAUGUAACAAAAAACAUCUUUCAAUCAAACAAUAUUCAUUUUGUCUUUGGAGCGUCUCAUAUGAUAUUCAAUCGUAUGAAAAAAAUAUCUGAAUGUUGAGAAACUCGAGAAUCCGUAUAUUAUUCACAAAUAAAAGUGAAUCAAAAUUUCUAGAAGAGUUUAAUGUUUAUAAAUAACCUCAAAAGACAAUCAUUUCUGUUGAUCUCUUUGAUUUUUCCACUUAUAAGUGCAGCAGAGGAGCGAUAUUUAUUUUUGAUAUUGUUGAAACAAUACAUUCAACUGCACCUUAGGUUCAGAAGGAAAAAAUUGGUAAUGCAUUGAAAUAUAUGUCAGUUUUGUGACGAGUUCCAACGAAAACAACGCAUAUUGCAAUAGUUGAUAUUAUUUUGUUUUAAAAAUUUCAAUCAAUCAAAAAAUUGAAAUAUCUGUCAUUCAUAUAUCUCAACGACAACAUCUAUAUGUGGUUGCAUGAAUUUUUGGUUUAACUGACUUUAAAAAAUUGCGAUACAAAACUUUGAAUGACGGGCAUAAAAAUCGAUAAAAUAAAUGUAUAUUUGAUGUUUCAGUGUUCUAGACAUAAUCGAUUACUUUCCUUCUGAACACUCGUGAAUCUAAAUAACAAAACGCUUAAAUUGAGACUGGGAUGUCACGGGACAACCCUCUCUUCUUAUGAUAAAUGUUGCUGUCUUAUAUAUACUAAAUUAUACACCUAAAAUGUGAAAAUUUUUAUCAUCUAUACUGAGAUGUUUUUGAAUACUUUAUAGACUUUUAAUGAAGGUAUAUGUAUUGUAUGAGUGUUCCAUGUUAAAAAGUUCACUGUUCAUAAAAAUGUUGAAAUGUAGCUUUUACCAAGACAAUGUUAAGGUGGAAUAUUUCAAUAUGAAGGGGCAUAGUUUUUAGAACUGUUCCAGUUAGCCUAUAAGAAAAAGUUGAAUACUAUAUUUCAUAACCUUGUUUGCAAAGUGUAAAAAAAGAACUUGGUUUUCCCUUAGUAUUUAGCUUUUUAUAGUUUCCUGAUGGAAUGCAAGUCCGUUGAUUUUCCUCUAGAUAAUAAGCAUAAAGGAAUCCCUUUGAAUUGUUUUAUGCUGGCUGCAGGGACCAUAAUGGUAUAAUAAUAAACAAAAGUUGUAAAAAUUAGUGUAGCGUCCAUAACAUUAAUCAAAUUCGAUUAAAAUUUUUCUCAACCCCAUCAUGGAUACGUCCAAGAAGACACGAAUUUUUAAAUAUCGUCGAUACACUCAGGUGGAAAAAGAGCUAAUUUUUUUGGACACACUCCAUGACUCUAGUAAUGUUCCAGAACAGAUUUUCAUUAUAAAGCACAAAGUGUUUAUUUUUACUCUGCAUUCGGAACAUUGGCAUUGAAAUACUCCACUAUCGAAUUUAUCAUGUAAUAUUUCGUUAUGUUUUAGAUGUUAUUAUAGAUAUCUAAGAGAUGUUAUAUAUGUAUAUAAUUUAAUUGUACAUGAUACAGUAGUGAUUUUUAUUAACUAACAAUUGAUUUAACGAAGCUAUUCUUUGGCAGUAUAUCAAUGUAAAAUAUAUUCCAUUGAAAACAAUACAUCGCCUCAACCUCUAGAAAUAUAUUAUCUGUCUGUAGAUACCCAAAAAUAAUAUUUCCUUAUAUCUGAAUAUAUUUACCUUUAAUCAAGAUCGGAUCAAUAACUUUGAUACGAACAAACUCUUAUGAUUUAUGAAAUCACAGUUUCAGAUUUUGAGUGAAAUAAAUUUUUUGCAGAGGAAAAUAUUUUGGUGGCGGCAAGAAUCACAAUUAGGGUGAACGAAAUAGGAGCUGGUAGUACUAUAAGUUCCUUUCGAUUUAGGUCUACCAUCCCGGAUUUUGUUCUCUCCGAUUUUUGAAUAUUAUUGUUAUCACAAUCUUGAAAAAAAUAAAAUUCAUAACGUAGAACUUUAUAAAGAGCUAACUUUACAGUUCACCUUGUUAUUGUCUAAACACAAUACACCUUUUUCUGAGGAAACUAUUAUAUUUGCAGGAAAAAUGUAUUUAUCUUUACGUUUCAAAUACAGAAUUUAUUUCCGUCACCAGAGUUCAAAAAACACAUCAAAUUCGCCUUUACACAUAUUUUAGGUGACUUGUCAAGGGAACUAAGAAGUUUGAUGCAGUCUACACCAGUAUACAGUUCUCUAUUGAAAUUUUUUUCAGACGGUAUGAGACGUAAACUACAUCUUGAGUUUUAUCUAUCAAAAUCAUAACGUCAUCAGACGAGUCAGCAUACUGUUCAAUUAUAUUAUUGUACUCUAAAAUUAUAGUGUUUCUGAAUACCUUAACAAUAUUUUAUCAGCACGAUAUAUAUGAUCUGACUAUUGGUUUUACUGUGAAUAUCCGAUAUCUAAGUGGGAAAUAAAAUUGUCAGAUUUUCUUCUCAAAACUAAUUCCAAUUACAAUCGAUCUUUAUAAACGACAUACAAUUUCACAAAAUUACACAAUAUAGAAGAACCAUUUUAUAUGAACUGUAAACUUCAACGAUAUUCACCAUGGUGACCAUGCACUGACUAAUUAUACUGAGGAACAUUCUUGUCUCAAUUGGAGGCAUAAAAUUGCAACAUUGUGCGAGGAUUGCGUGUUUUUGUCUUUUGAAGUUUAGAGUGAUACUGAUGAAGAGUCUUGUCGACCUGAAACAACGAGUGUAAUGUAAUGAACGUUUGGCGUACAAAAUGAAUAGAAAAGUGUCUGUCAGUUAUGUAAUGAAAUUAACCGAUACUUAAUGAAAAUCCACAACGAAUUGAAGUAAUACUUGAACAUUUUUGCUAGAUAGUAUUAAAGUAUUGAAAAACACUUUAUUGUGAGAUUUUCACUAAACAGUUUUACAAAAAACGCAACACGU